UAACAUGACAGUUUCCAGUCUGAAGAAAGCAGUAGGAAGGAGGAAUGUGAAAAUAUCCAGAUCAGCAAAACAAGACUUUAUGGUAAUAUCAGAGGAAAAAGAAGAAAAGCAGGAUGGAAGGAAAAAUAAUCAUCCACAGAGCAUCUCACAGAAUCUUAAAAAGAAGGAUCUUGGGUAUUCAUCUGAGGCUUCUAAUCAAAAAGGAAAAAAUACAGCGAAUGAACAAGUCGAAGGGUUUUCCGAGAAACAUUGCCAGUUGAAGUCCACUCAGCAUGCCAUUAAGAUGGAAGUUUCCCAUGGCAAGAAUGCAGUAAAACAGAAGAAUGUGCAACUAUCCAGAUCAGUAGAGCCAGCCUUGCAGAUGUCAUCAGAUGAAGAGAAAGAAAGUCAUGAAGGAAAUAAAAAUAAACAGUCACAGGUUAAAAAACAAAGGAAGAAGUGUGAAGCUAAUGAGAUAGAAGUAUCUAAAUACCUCUGUGAUUUUGCAACUGAUGACAGUGAUGAUGAUGGAUUUACUCAAAAAAGAAAGGCUGGAGAAACCUACAAUCAGCAGUUUUCUAGGAAGGAGAAUGAAAAGUGGGACAGGCCUACAAAGAGAACAUCUAAGAACAAGAACAAGGUGAAAAAACAAAUACACACUAUGGAUGACCAUGAUGACUUAACCUGUUCAUCUGAGGGAGACUCAGAGGAUUAUGAGUUGCCUUCUGUUAAUUAUAAGAAUUUGACAUUUCUUGCUAAACAACAUGGAAAGCACUAUAAAGAUUCUUUUAACCAAUUGGAAAUUCAAAACACAGCUCUUCCCUGUAAGAGCCAUGCAGAACGUAAUAAAAAUUAUUAUAAAAAACUUACAGAUAAUAUCAAAGCACUGGAAACUAUGAUUAUUUUUCUAAAAAUGAAGCUAUCUAAAACGAAAGGAAUAAACUUACAGUUAUACCAUCAAAGAUGUGAAUGGGAGCAAAAACUCCACAGUUUGAGAUUCACACUAAAAGAAAUGGAAGAGAUGAGAAAAAAUGAUUCUAUAGCAUUUGAACAAAUUAAGGAAAAGUUAACAAGAGAAAUAGAGCAACAUAGAAAAGAAGUUGCGAUAAAAGAAGAAUUGGAACACAGACUGAGAGCCCAAAAUGUGGAGUUGGGGACCCUUAGAAAUAAUCUGGAGAAUUGUCAAAGGCAUGAACAUGAAAGAGAUCUCCUGAACAAAGAAAUUGUCAGACUAAGAUUGAAAGUAGAAAGAAUGAAAAUGAACAAUGAGGAGAUAGACAAGAAACACUUGCGGGACUUGGAAAUCAUCAAAGACAAGACUGAUGAUCUUCAAAAUGCUGUAAAGCUCAGUGAAGAAAGGUUAAUGAAAGUAACAGCCCAGUAUAAUGGCCAGCUCAACAUACUACGAGAGGAGAAUAAAGUGCUACAAGCCAAACUGAAGGAAGCGAAAGAAAACCAGGAAAAACUAGAAGCAGAACUUGAAGCCCACCGUCUCAGACUGGCAGAUGCUAACAGUGAGCGUCACCAAAGUCAGGUCUCCCAAAGAGACCUUGCCUUCAUUGUCCAGAGAACAAAAGAAGAAUGGUCUGGUACACUGGAGUAUAUGAACUCUCGUGCCGAAACCCUUUUCCAACAACUCUGUGAUGCAGAAGAGAAAUUCAGUUGCCUGCAAGCUGAGUUUUGUCACAUGAAAGAUGCUCUUCGAGAGAAGACUUUUGCUCUAGAAGGUGCACAGAGAGACCUGAUGGAAGCACAGUUUGAAAAGCAGAACAUUCAACUGAAGUAUCAAAGUGAACAAAGAACAGUGAGUAUGUACAUUGUAAAGCAGGAGUCUUUAGAGCAGAGACUGUCCGGACUGCAAUGUAAAACUAUGUCACUUCAACAACAGCUGGAUGAUGUUCACAAGGAUUCUGCAGAUAAAGAGAAGGCAAAACACAGCAGAGACAGCCCGUGUGCUGCAGUGGUGAAGGCUCUUGAAGUAGGGCAUGAAAGGUACAGUCUGCUUUUGGAAGAGGAAAACAAGAAGUUGCUUGAUGAAUGCAAUCACUUAAAAGAAAGGCAGUACCAAUAUAAAAAAGAGAAAGUGAAAAGAGAAGCAGUUUUGAGACAACUUCGCCAAGAACUGUGUGAUACCAUGCAAAAACUAUCCAGAUCGGAGACGUUACUAGAAACUACAUCACGUUGUCACAUUCAUUUAGAAGAUGAGACCCAACAUUCAAUGAGAAAAAUAAGUCAGAUGACAAACCAAUUUCAAGAAGUAGAGGAUCAACUCAAAGAGGAAGGACACCGUGCCGAGAAGAUGCUAGACCAAUGGAAAAAGAUCAAAAUGGCAAAUUCCAAAUUAAAACUUACUGUCAAAGACCAAGCCGAAAAACUCAACCAGUAUGAGAAAGACUUGUCAAGUGCAAGUUUCGUGCAGAAAUCUCUGGAAGAUCAGUUAGCAGAGACUAUAAAAUGUAAAAGGAUGAUGGAAGACCGCAUGCAAAGCCUUGAAAAAGAAAAUUCAAAAAUGAAAGUAAACUUUGGAAAGGCACUGGACUGCAUUGAGAAGUAUGUGUCAUCUGCAAGUUCAUUAAAACUUCCAGAGCUAUGUGGAAUACCAGUGGUGAUGGUGGACAUCCUGUCUAGUUUCAGUUCUAAGUGGAAAACUUUAUUCAGUGUGAAAUUGGCUGUGAAUUUGUCCCAGAAGGCUUCAACCAAUUAA